GCCGCUGAGCCCCGCCCAAAGCCGGGCCCCCUUGAGCGCGGCCAUCCGGCGGCUGCAGUGGCGCGGCGGCGCCUCCGGGUGUCGCUGUUGGCCGCCGCCGAGCGGCGCUGGAGCCGCCGCCGCCGCCGCCGCAGCGUCCUGCCCCCGCAGGCUGCUCGCUCGCCCGGCGCCGGCCACAGCGGCAGCGGCACCGCCAGCAGCAGCAGCAGCGGCGGCGGCGGAGAGAGGCGGAGAGCGGCGGCGCGCCGAGCUCGCUGCGUUUGAGCGGUCUCUGUUGUCGCCGGCGAGAGCGGCUGGAAGGGAGGCAGGGCAGCGGCAGGAGGCAGGAGCGCGGCGAGCGCUGCGGGCAGAGAAUGGCGGUGAGGCGGCGGCAGAGGCGCGGGCCGGGCGGCGGGCGAGCGCUGCUGGCCGCGGUGCUGCUGUGCGUGUGGGGCCGGGCGGCGGCCGAGCGGGUCCGCUACGCCAUCCCCGAGGAGCUGGGCAGAGGCUCGCUCGUGGGGCCGCUGGCGCGGGACCUGGGGCUCAGCGCGGACGAGCUGCCGGCGCGCAAGCUGCGGCUGAGCGAGGAGAAGCAAUACUUCACGGUGAACGAGGAGAACGGGAACCUGUACGUGAAUGAGAGGCUGGACCGGGAGGAGAUGUGCGGCGAGUCGGCGACCUGCUCGGUCAGCUUCGAGGCGCUGGUGCACAACCCGCUGAACGUUUUCCACGUCGAGGUGGCGAUCGAGGACGUGAAUGACAAUUCCCCGGUCUUCAGCAAAGCUGCUCUGGACCUCGAGAUCGGUGAAUGGACGCUUCCCGGUGCUCGUUUUCCCCUGGAGAUGGCCCGAGACGCCGAUGCAGGAAGUAACUCCCAGCUGACUUACGAGCUCUCCAGCAACCCGUCCUUCUCUCUCGUCUUGGAUGAAAACCCGGGUGGAAAGAAACAGCCUGAAUUACUGCUGGAGAAAGCAUUGGACCGAGAGAAGCAGAGCUCAUUUGAGCUGGUGCUGACGGCCGUAGAUGACGGGGAUCCCGCGAGGUCCGGGACUGUACAGAUUCGCAUCAACGUGACAGAUGCAAAUGAUAACCAGCCCGUGUUCAGUAAAAGAGUAUACGAGGCACGAGUUACGGAGAGUCAGCCGGAAGGGUCCCUGGUGUUGCAAGUAGUGGCCACGGAUGUGGACGCAGGCUCCAACGGGCGGGUCUUCUAUUCCUUUGGUAACGUCCCGGAAGGAUUUCGCAGAUUGUUCACUGUCGACAGUGACAAUGGUGAAGUCAGGUUGGUGGGUCGCCUCGAUUUCGAGGAGAAGAAUAAAUACAUCUUCAGCUUGGAGGCGAGGGACGGAGGCGGGCUCACGGGUCACUGUGAAGUGCAGAUAGACGUCACAGACGAGAAUGAUAACGCGCCCGAGAUCACCAUUCUGUCGCUCUCGAGCCCCGUGCCCGAGGACGCGCCGGCCGGCGCUGUGGUGGCCCUGCUGAAAGUUCGGGACCGAGACUCGGGCGAGAACGGUCAGGUGUCGUGCGAGCUGUCGGGAGAGGCGCCGCUGUCGAUCGUGGCGUCGUCGGGCGGCUCGUACAAGGUGGUGACGGCGAGCGCGCUGGACCGCGAGCAGGCGUCCGAGCACCGCGUGACGGUGGUGGCCCGGGACCGGGGCAGGCCGGCGCUGUGGAGCAGCACGGAGCUGGUGCUGGAGGUGUCGGACGUGAACGACAACGCGCCGGUGUUCGAGGAGGCGGCGUACAGCGCGUACGUGGCGGAGAACAACGCGGCGGGCGCGCUGGUGCUGCGCGUGCAGGCGCGGGACGCGGACGCGGGCGCCAACGGGCGCGUGAGCUACUGGCUGGCGGGCGGCAGCGCGGGCGCGGCGUGGGGACUGGAGGAUCAAGCAGAGAUCAGCAGGAGAAAAGCAGUGUGUGUCUGGCUGCUGAUCCAUCCCAGCGAGCUGCCCGAGAGCGAGACACGAGCGAGCAGCGCUCGGUGCCUGCAGUGCCGGGCGGAGGCUGCGGGCGCCGCUGUUGACCGAGAGGAGCGGGAGGAAGCUCGGAGCGCUGCAGCCCCGCCCGCUGCCGACCCGCUCGCUCGCUCGCUCGCUCCCUGCCCGAACCUGCGGCCAGCGAUCUUCCGCGGGGUGCUG